CGCAGCCCGGGGCGGACUGCAAGAGAGCGGCAACACCGGGGAAGGGGAAGAUGGCGGACGGCAGCGGUAAACUGAAGGGGCUGCGGGAUCAGAUGGUCGCAGCAGCACAAGCAAUGGCUGAUGAGCGCAGAAGCCAAACAGGAAGCAGCCCCGUCCCCGUGCCUUCCUCAGUCAGCGUGAAGACGGCUAAGCCAGUAAUUGACGGCUCAGCUCUAAGAACAGAUGAGAGGCAAAGAUUAGCUCGGGAACGCAGAGAAGAGAGAGAGAGGCUGAACGCUGCCAAAGAGAAAGAAUUACUUGAAAAAGAAAAAAAGGCAAAGCUUCAGUAUGAGAAGCAAAUGGAGGAGAAGCAGAAGAAACUGGAGGAGCAGAAGCUGAAGGAUGAGCAGAAGAGAGUCGCAGCAGAAGAAAAAAGAAAGCAGAGAUUACUGGAAGACAAGGAACGUCGGGAAGCAAAUGUUAGGCGAACUCUUGAGCGCAGCAGUUAUCUGGACCAAAGGCAGAAACGAUGGUCUUGGGGAGGAUCAGCAGAAGAAGACAAACAUGGUGCUUCGGGAAGUAGUUCUCCCAGCCAAGUAGAUUUAAUAGGCAGAAAUGCUUCCACCACAGAGCCACAGCUUGAAGAUGAAAGUGGAUCUGGCGCAGCAAAUGUGCGUUCCACAUCAACAUCAAACCUAAGGCAGGCCGACGGCAGCAUUCACAAGCGCCUGUCAUCUUCAUCUGCCACCCUUGAAAAAGGUACCAAGCAGAGGAGUUCUUCCUUAAGCAGGCUGAGUAACAAAACUCCUCUAAGUCCACAGCCCUUCUCGCCUAAAGUGUCAAACCCGGAGCAGAAAGGCGGAACAGGCCAGAAGAGAAGCUCUUCCCUCAGUAGGCUGAGUAGUAAAAAAUCACCUCCUGCGCAUCUAGAGGGCGCGAAAAAGGAAGAAAAAACAGCUCACCGCCCCCCGAGCAGUCCCCUGGACAGUAGUUUAAUCAAUCGCCUCCUCGCCCCCACUCAGUCUUCCUUAGCUAGGAGUAAGAGUGCUGCCACAUUGUCAGCCGAUGGAAAAGAAUUGCCAGAAUCUCACCUCUGUCCUCGUUCAGCUUCAGCCACUACCACCAGUACCCCACCCUCCGUCUCUAAAGGUCCCAUGCGCAGCCGCAGCAUUGACAGAGCGAAGACUCCUAGUACGGCAGCAUCGUGUUCUGCCACUUCGGAAGUUAGCCAGAAGUCAGGCCUCGACAAGCCUUUACCGUCUGUGGGGAAACGGCCACCCUCUCCUUCUGUAACUUCACGGCGAAGAUCUCCUUCCCCUGCAGGCGUAACAAAGCAGGCUCCAUCACCAACGCUAGAAAAAAGGAACAGUAGUUCUAUAACACAACGGACCCGUCCGCCAUCUCCAAGUUUAACGAAGCAGAGACCUCCUUCACCAACUGUGACUCAAAAGCCAGCUCCAAUCCAGCGUCCAUUGCUCACACCAUCUGUCUUGAGCACUACCAAAAAGACUGCUGAACCAGAGACUAAACCAAAGGAGAAAUGUACAGAUAUGACGAGCUCUGAACCCAAAACGCCACAGACCUCAGAGAAAGAAGCAGCAAGUUCAAAGACCAAAGAUGAAUCCAGUAACAAGACUAUUUCAGGAAGCACCACUCCUGAAGAAGCUGCUAAAAUAUUAGCUCAAAACCGUCGCCUUGCAAGGGAGCAAAGGGAGCGUGAGGAGCAAGAGCGAAUUCAAAGACAAGAAGAAGAAAGGAUAAAACAGGAAGAAAUGGCUCGUAAAGCAGAAGAGGAGAGACUAAGACUAGAAGAAGAGACAAAACUAUUGGAGGAGAAGCGAAGGCUGGAAAGAGAGGAGGAACAAAGACUAGCUGAAGAGGAAAAGAUACGCAGAGACCAAGAAGAACAGGAGCGACUGGUAGAACUUCAGCAACAGAGAGAAGAAGCAGAAGCCAAAGCUCUUGAAGAAGCUGAGAAACAAAAGCAAGAACGGGAAAAAAUCAUGCAACAAAAUAUGCAGGAAAGACUGCAGAGGAAAAAGAGAAUUGAAGAAAUAAUGAAGAGAACUAGAAAGAACGAGCAGAAUGAUGUUAAGAGCGAAGACAGAUCUGAAGACGAUGAGGACACCUGCGAUGUAGAGAAUAAUCAACAAGGAUCGGUCAGUGAAGAUGACCUUUGUGAGGAUGCGGAUACACCCUGCGAAAUGGGAGAAGAAACAGCUUCUCAGGAUUUGUUGUCCCAGAAAGCUGCACUGGUGGAAAAAGAGGAAUUAUUUAUUAAUGGCGACCAGCCAGACACUGUGGAGAAGAUUAAUGGACACUCAUCAGACACUGCACCCCCACUAGAGUCCAGUCAAGCAACAGAGGACAAAGCUGUAGUGAGCCAAGAUGAAAUGCAUCUUAAUGACGAUAACACUUGUGAUACCGUACCAAAGCUGAAUGGAAAACCUGCAACGUGGACAUUUGAGGAAAUAAUUGACUUGGGAAUCCAUUCCAAGCCUAGCAAUUUGUCUGAUUCCAUUGCUAUGGAUGGCUGUGAUCAGGGCCUCAUCGAAGCUGCUACAAUUCCCCCAAAGUUAGCUUUUGAAGAAGGACAAAUGAAUUCUUUGUAGGCAACCAUUGGGACUGCUGCAGAGACGUGACGUCUGCGCAGCUCUCCUCCUGUUAUUGCACUUCGCUCUCCAGUAUUUUUAAUAAAGCGCUGAAGCCUUGUUGUUAAAAGCUGCUACUUCAACAUAUUACUUAGAGAUGCAAAAAUCAUCCAGCAAGAGAAGAAAGGAAGGCCGUACAUUGUCACUUCUUUAGGGCGUCCACGUUGGGCAGUUACACAGGGUCUCGGACAUGGUAGUCCUUCUCACAUUGGCAGGACUCUUCCUCCUUCAUGCAGUAACUUAUUGUAGUCUCGUUAAUGUCCUUUUAAUGUCUUUAGGUUUUCUGUACUAGCACUUACAAUGGUAAUGCUACAGCUAACCCUCGUAGAGCUGAAAUCUGUUACACUUUCAGCGUCGUAUUGGGUGCUGUCAUGAAUUCUGCCAUCACUUGAUAAGUUUGUUAUUACAGAUGUCAUUGUUUAAUAGUGUUCACGAAGGCUAUAUUCGCACGACUGUGAAAACCGGAUGUCACAUGACCAUUUUGAGAACAAUGGUAGUCUAUGGGUUUAUUUACAUAAACCAUGAAUAACGGCCGUCAGAGUAUAGACAUGUCCUGUUUUAUCAGUUUUCACACCGGACUGACAGUCCCCAUACAAGUGAAGGGGACUGUUUUUUUAAUGGACGUUUCUCAGAAAGUCAUCAGUGGAAAAAAAAAACUGCAAAGCGGUUUUUAACAGCUGUCGUCGUCCCCCCCCCCCCCCCACACUGAUGCCUUUCUGAUAAACCUGUCAUCAUGUGAAUGUAGCCUAAUUUGGGUGAGGCUCUUCUGCACAGAUCUGUGUUUGUGGUUAAAGGAGUCGUCCCUGAUCAGAAGGAAAAAAAUAAACCUUUUUUUCUUUUUCCUCUAAAAGCACGCCAUUCUUUUCCAUGUGUCAGUUCAUUUUUACAUGACUGAAGAUGAUCAGACACAUUCCAUGGACAGGAGGGCCACUUAGUAUAAAAAAAAAAGUAGACUCCUUUUUCUAAUUCCAUACAACACCUUUAAAUCCUAACAUUUGGGUGUCGUAGAGGCUGUAGUGAUGUCCGGAUGCAUGGAUGGGCGUCUUUCUAGAAUAACGGUUUGGUUCACAAUAUGAAAUAACGGUUUGGUUCACAAUAUGUUUGCCACUGUGUAAAAGCGACGGGACUCCUACUGGUUUUCCGUGACUUUGUACUUGUCAUGAUUUUUUUUAAAAACAUUUCAUUUUUUAUUUUAUUUUUUUCUCCAUUCUGAAUGGAUGUUACAUUUGUAAGUAUUAUUUUAUUGUGUACAUAAACAGCAGUAUUAGACAACUUACUUGAUUACUUUGAGGUUUCUGUUGGUAUUUUACAGUGGUUUUGUUGUGAGCGCUGCAAACCCCGAUCUGUUGAUGGGACUUUCCAUGUAGCAAGCCUAUACAUUUCAGACUACCUGGCUGAACAUUAGACAUAUCAUUAGCGUUAGGUGUGACUGCGCCACUGAUUCAGUCAGUGCUUCAUACACGGUGACGCUGGUUGGGUAGCAGACUAUGGGGGUAUGUAACUUACUAGUAUAAGGUCAGGUGGGAUCGUAUCUGUUUCCCGGUUGUGCAACGAUUAAGAUUUAUCAGUCCUCAAAUAACUUAAGCUACUUGAUUAGGUAAAGGUGCUCCAGAGCCAGGUAGUUAAUAUUGCCUGUAUUUAUCGAUGCACGUUUAAUACAUGAAUUGCAAACCUAGUGAGGCGGGUUAAGGAUGCCCCUGCCCUAGAGCUGUGCACAGGCCUCCAAAUGAAUGUAGCAGGUCUCAGGGUGAUUUGUACUCAAAACCAUUACCUGUGUUUAACAAAGGAGGCAGGAAUGUAGCAUUGGCUUCAGGUUUACCUCCUCCGUACUCAUGAUGCAGGCAGACGCUUUCUAGAAUCCUUCUGUCAGUUUUAAAGGGACCCUGCGAUCUACUUUAUCCUGCCCGCAUGAGGGGCUGCAAAAAGUAGUGACCGAGGCGCUGAUUUCAGUGGUCUGUCACUUACACAGUAAGCGAUGCACAACCACAGAACGUUAGAAUACUUUCAGCACCUGCCAGAGAAGAGUCCGGCUUAUUCAUGAGCUCCAGUGAUGGCCAGUUCGCUGUUUUCGCCCGCGGACACAUGCGGGCUGCUAUCUUAACUCACAAGUCCGGCGAUGCACAGGUAAGCCCUUACCUGUGCCUGUGCCGGGAGCU